AUGGUCGCGCCGAUAGUCAAUACGGGGAUUCAGACGGCGAAGUAUUGCAAUGUUGCUGGCCUAGGAGUUUUGAUUUUUGACUAUUUUUUAACUCUGGAACCUGAAGUUCGGUGGACAUGGAACAGACGCUGGGACGUCGGCCGUAUUGUUUUCGUGCUUGCACGCUACAUGCCAUUUGCAGCUGCUGGCAUGACUUCGUACGCUGCCAUCGCUACACGAGCAAACGAAGAUUGCAGCCACUUCAGCAGGGCUUCAAACGCAAUUCACAUCAUCAGUAUCGUAGCUGCUGAAGGUCUUUUGAUCAUUCGUACAUAUGCGUUCUGGAAACGCAACAAAAAGUUCUUGAUUGUGUUAGUGGUUUUGGCAGCAAUUUGUAUAACGUGUGCUGUGACUAUCACACAAGUUGUCGACAAUAUUGUAUCAACGCCUGCAAACCCUUCAGACGACAACCCUGGUUUUAAAGAUCCCCCCACAAGCAACUGCACUUUUGAAGCGGGUCGCAGCAGUGCCAUUCAAUACGGCUUUCUCGUGGCCUACGAACUUUUGCUAAUGUCUUUAACGGUGUUCAAGAAAUAUAAAGACUACAGAGAUUCCAACAGCCGUCUAGUGAAGGCCGUGUUUCAGGGCGGAGUGCUAUAUAUGACUGCCAUAAUUUUUGUUUCCGUGGCUAAUAUAGUGAUCAUGUCUGCGGUGCCGGCGUCGUAUGAUAUGAUGAUGGAUGUGCCACAACUUGUCCUUCACAGUAUGUUGGCAUCUCGCGUGUUGUUUAAUUUGCGCGAAAGCGACCAGGCGGCAGACGAGGGAACGACGUUUCUGAUGUCCACAUUUCGUCCAAAUCAAAGGCACAUUUCACUUGAACUUGAUUGA